AAACUACAGUCAUUCUGUUUUAUAAAUGCAAGGAGAGAUCGAGCUUUUAAAAAAAAAACGAGCCUUGCCAUGUAUUAAAAGGGAAGACUUCUCUGUACUGAUUAUUUUCCUCUCAGUGGUGUGGGUUGAAUAUUGCUGAGCUUUUUUUUCCAGAAUAUUCCACCCCCCCAACCCACCAAUUUCUCUGGUGCCGGUGAAUGAGAAACAGGAAUUGCUCCUGUCGGAGGACAUGGCGAGCGACAAACCGGCGCUGCCGGUAAACAUGCAGCCUCCAGCGGCUGGAGCUGGAGAAGACACCGGCGGGGAAGCCGGGGCCGGGGGUCUGGAGCUCGGCUCCAAAGCACAGCUACUACCGCCGGCGGCGACAGCAGCAGCAGACACGGUGGGUUCGAUGGUGUCCAUCUCUGGCAUUAACCCCUCGGUUCCCAUUAGGAAUAUUAAGAUGAAAUUCGCCGUUGUCAUCGGCCUCAUCCAAGUUGGGGAGGUCAGCAACCGGGAUAUCGUGGAGACUGUGCUUAAUUUGCUAGUUGGUGGAGAAUUUGACUUGGAAAUUAACUUCAUCAUUCAGGAUGAGGAGAGCAUAGCAUGUAUGAUAGAACUCCUUGAACACUGUGAUGUCACCUGCCAGGCUGAGAUUUGGAGUAUGUUCACAGCCAUUCUGCGUAAGAGUGUACGCAACCUUCAAGCAAGCACAGAGGUUGGCCUCAUUGAACAAGUGCUAUUAAAAAUGAGCAAAGUGGAUGACAUGAUAGCAGAUUUGUUAGUUGAUAUGUUGGGUGUUUUAGCAAGCUACAGCAUCACUGUCAAGGAACUCAAGCUGCUUUUCAGCAUGUUGCGUGGAGAAAAUGGAUUUUGGCCCAGACAUGCAGUUAAAUUACUGUCAAUUCUAAAUCAGAUGCCACAAAGACAAGGCCCAGAUACUUUCUUCAACUUUCCUGGACGCAGUGCAGCAGCCAUUGCUUUGCCUCCUAUUGCUAAGUGGCCUUACCAAAAUGGUUUUACUUUAAAUACUUGGUUUCGCAUGGAUCCGCUAAAUAAUAUAAAUGUGGACAAAGACAAGCCAUAUCUCUACUGCUUUCGAACAAGUAAAGGAGUUGGCUAUUCAGCACAUUUUGUUGGAAACUGUUUGAUUAUAACAUCAUUGAAAUCAAAAGGAAAAGGUUUCCAGCAUUGUGUAAAGUAUGAUUUUCAACCGAGGAAGUGGUACAUGAUCAGCAUUGUACAUAUCUACAACCGCUGGAGAAAUAGUGAAAUUCGUUGUUAUGUCAAUGGUCAGCUGGUUUCUUAUGGAGAUAUGGCUUGGCAUGUCAACACUAAUGAUAGUUUUGACAAGUGCUUCUUGGGUUCCUCAGAAACCGCAGAUGCAAAUAGAGUAUUCUGUGGUCAGCUUGGAGCAGUGUUUGUGUUCACUGAAGCGCUUAAUCCAGCACAGAUAUUUGCAAUACACCAAUUAGGACCUGGAUAUAAGAGUACCUUUAAGUUCAAAUCGGAGAGUGACAUCCACCUUGCAGAACAUCAUAAACAAGUUUUGUAUGAUGGGAAGCUGGCUAGUAGUAUUGCCUUUACAUAUAAUGCCAAAGCUACUGAUGCACAGCUUUGCCUUGAGUCAUCGCCAAAGGAAAACCCCUCAAUUUUUGUACAUUCUCCACAUGCACUAAUGCUGCAGGAUGUUAAAGCUAUUGUGACUCACUCGAUUCACAGUGCAAUCCAUUCUGUUGGUGGUAUUCAGGUUCUUUUCCCACUUUUUGCACAGUUGGACUGCCAUCAGCCAAAUGACAGCCAGUUAGAGACCACAGUUUGUGCAACCCUUCUAGCCUUUCUAGUUGAGCUACUAAAGAGCUCAGUGGCCAUGCAAGAACAAAUGUUGGGUGGAAAAGGUUUCUUGGUAAUCGGCUACCUCUUGGAAAAGUCAUCCAGAGUUCAUAUUACACGAGCUGUCCUGGAACAGUUUUUGUCCUUUGCUAAAUAUCUGGAUGGUUUGACCCAUGGAGCACCUUUAUUAAAACAGUUGUGUGAUCACAUCCUGUUUAAUCCUGCAAUCUGGAUUCAUACCCCUGCAAAGGUGCAGCUUUCACUUUAUACAUACUUGUCUGCUGAAUUCAUUGGCACUGCUACUAUAUACAGUACUAUACGUAGAGUAGGCACUGUGCUGCAACUAAUGCAUACUCUCAAAUAUUACUACUGGGUAAUUAAUCCAUCUGAUUGCAGUGGCAUAUCUUCCAAAGGGCAAGAUGGUCCUCGUCCAUCUCAGAAAGAAAUUAUUUCACUGCGGGCCUUUAUGCUGCUAUUUUUGAAACAACUGAUUUUGAAGGAUCGUGGUGUCAAAGAAGAUGAGCUUCAAAGUAUUCUUAAUUACCUUUUAACCAUGCAUGAGGAUGAAAACAUUCAUGAUGUUUUGCAACUGUUGGUUGCACUGAUGUCAGAGCACCCUGCAUCCAUGAUACCUGCUUUUGAUCAACGAAAUGGGAUACGUGUUAUUUACAAAUUAUUGGCUUCAAAAAGUGAAAGCAUCCGUGUUCAAGCACUGAAAGUUCUGGGAUACUUCCUCAAACACCUUGGUCAUAAAAGGAAGGUGGAGAUCAUGCACACACACAGUCUGUUCACUCUUCUUGGAGAAAGGUUAAUGCUUCACACCAAUACUCUUACUAUAACAACAUACAACACACUCUAUGAGAUUUUGACUGAACAAGUGUGUACGCAAGUUGUUCACAAGCCUCAUCCAGAACCUGACUCAACGAUAAAAAUUCAAAACCCAAUGAUUCUUAAGGUAGUUGCCACAUUGUUGAAAAAUUCUACACCAAGCAAUGAGCUGAUGGAAGUUAGACGUCUGUUUUUAUCAGAUAUGAUAAAAUUAUUCAGUAACAGUCGGGAAAACAGAAGAUGCCUCUUGCAGUGUUCGGUCUGGCAAGACUGGAUGUUCUCGCUUGGAUAUAUAAAUCCUAAAUGCACAGAUGAACAGAAAAUAACAGAGAUGGUGUACAACAUUUUCCGUAUUCUCCUGUAUCAUGCAAUUAAGUAUGAAUGGGGAGGCUGGCGUGUUUGGGUUGAUACUCUCUCAAUAGCACAUUCGAAGGUCACCUAUGAAGCUCAUAAAGAAUACCUAGCCAAGAUGUAUGAAGAGUAUCAAAGGCAAGAGGAGGAGAACAUCAAAAAAGGAAAAAAGGGUAGUGUCAGCACAAUUUCUGGCCUUUCCUCUCAAACAAUAGGAUCCAAAGGAGGCAUAGAAGUCCGAGAAAUUGAAGAUGGUUCCCAGACUCAGAGCCCAGAGAGUGAAACUGACUACCCUGUCAACACCAAUUCUAGAAAUCUCCUAGUUGAAGCAAGGGUAUCCAGUGGUGGUGCAGACAGUACAGACAGGCCAACAGCAGGAGUACAUGUGGAGGUUCAUGAUCUCUUAGUGGAUAUCAAAGCAGAGAAGGUUGACGCCACAGAGGUAAAACUUGAUGAUCUCGAUCUGUCACCUGAGACACUGGUUGCAGAGAAUUGUAAUCUGGUUGAGGUAGAAUCUCUUUUGGACAAGGUUUAUACUUCUGCUGUGGAGAAACUACAGAACAAUAUGAACAGCACCUCCAUUCCUCAACAAAGAGAACAGAGAGACAGUGGUCCCUUAAUAUCUCUGGUAGAUGAAAAGGAUAAUGAACCUGUUAAUAGCGCAUCAUUUCUCUUCGAUAAAGCAACAAACCAUCAGGAAAAACUACUGGCUGAAUUGCCAGCUGCUGACAAUCUUUCAAUUGCAAAUGUGCCAGAGAACCAAAUACAUUCAAGUGCCAGUGAUGACCUGGGGCUGUUAGCUCAUAUGACCAGUAAUUCAGAUAUUACAAGCCCAAAAUCUUUAAUUGAGGAUAAGGAUUUCAAAAUUACAACAAAUUUGGAAGAAAUGAGUAUCCUGUCUGAAUCAGAAGGAAUUGCAAAAACAAUGGAAUACACUGAAAUGAUUGGCGCAACCAUUGAUUCAGAACUAUCUUCAAAAAAGACUGUAGGUAAUUUGGAUGCUGCUAGCACAGUUUCUGAUACUGACAGAUCUGAUGAUGGCAAAGAGCCAGGGAAAGAAGUUAAAAAAAUUCAAACCACCACCACAACUCAGUCCAUUCAGGGGCGAGGAGGUGGGUUUCAAGAAAGAGACCUGCGUGUUGAUCUGGGUUUCCGAGGGAUGCCAAUGACUGAGGAGCAGCGCCGACAGUUUAGUCCAGGACCACGAACUACCAUGUUCCGGAUCCCUGAAUUUAAGUGGUCCCCUAUGCAUCAGCGUUUGCUGACAGAUCUGCUUUUUGCUUUGGAAACAGAUGUGCAUGUUUGGCGGAGUCACACUACAAAGUCUGUGAUGGAUUUUGUGAAUAGCAAUGAGAACAUUAUUUUCGUUCACAAUACAAUUCACCUCAUUUCUCAAAUGGUGGACAACAUCAUCAUUGCUUGUGGUGGAAUUUUGCCUUUGUUAUCAGCAGCCACCUCCCCUUCUGGUGGAAAGACGGAACUGGAAAACAUAGAGGCAACUCAAGGCAUGUCGACAGAGACAGCAGUAACGUUCUUAAACAGGCUGAUGGCCAUGGUUGAUGUCUUAGUUUUCUCAAGCUCCCUCAAUUUCAGUGAGAUUGAAGCAGAAAAAAACAUGUCAUCUGGAGGCUUAAUGCGGCAGUGCCUGAGACUUGUUUGUUGUGUUGCUGUGAGAAAUUGCUUGGAAUGUCGCCAAAGGCAAAGGGAUAGGAUGUCAAAGAUUUCCCUAACCAGUACUAAGCCCCAAGAGAGUCUUCAGAGUUUAACAGGAUCCGGUGCAACCAAGACUGGUGUUGAAAAUAUCUCUGGUAACCUUUCUCCAAUUAAAGAUCCUGACAGAUUACUGCAAGAUGUAGACAUUAACCGUUUGCGAGCUGUUGUCUUUCGUGACGUGGAUGAUAGUAAACAGGCUCAGUUUUUGGCUUUGGCUGUUGUAUACUUUAUCUCUGUACUCAUGGUAUCAAAAUACAGAGACAUACUGGAGCCACAACGUGAAAUUGCGAGAUCUGGAAGUCAGAUAAGUCGCAAUAUUCGGCAAGAAAUUAACUCACCAACAAGUACAGAGAAUCCUGUUACUUUCCCUGAAGGCAACAAAGAAAAAGAAAUUCUAACACCAAUUGAAGAUAUACAUGUUGAAAGCUCUCUUCCACAUACUGAUUCAGGCAUUGGAGAGGAGCAAAUAACUGGUGUUUUGAAUGGCUCUGAUUUGGAAACAGCAACUGUGCCAGAUGCAAUGAGUGAACUUUUAUCUUCCUUGUCCUCUGAAGUAAAAAAAUCCCAAGAAAGUUUAGCUGAGAGCCCAGUUGAAGUACUGAAACCAAGUUCAUCUGUAACGAGUGUCAGCCAAGGAAAAGGCAUGAAUGUCAAGGAAAUUCUGAAAAGCCUUGUUGCAGCACCUAUGGAACGUGCAGAAUCUGGACCUGAACCUGUAUCAUACCCUGAUUCAACUGUGAAAAGAGAAGCUCAGACUAUUCUUCCAAUGCAGUUUCAUUCCUUUGACAGGAGUGUUGUUGUACCUGUAAAGAAACCACCUCCAGGCAGUCUGGCCGUCAAUACAGUCGGUGGUAUCGGUUCUACGAGUAGUCUCGUCACUGGCAGUACAACCAACGUAAUCUCUCCUGCAACAGCCACACCAAAAAGUAUGAUAAAUACCACAGGUGCUGCAGAGGCUGCUUCCACUUCGUCCUCUUCCUCCUCUUCCAGUUUUGUGAAUGGUGCAACCAGCAAAAAUCUUCCUGCAGUUCAAACAGUUGCUCCAAUGCCAGAGGAUUCCGCUGAGAAUAUGAGCAUCACGGCAAAACUUGAACGAGCUCUGGAAAAGGUUGCUCCACUGUUACGUGAGAUUUUUGUGGACUUUGCACCAUUUCUUUCAAGAACUCUGUUGGGCAGCCAUGGUCAAGAAUUGUUGAUCGAAGGCCUGGUGUGCAUGAAGUCUAGUACCUCAGUCGUAGAAUUGGUUAUGUUGCUAUGUUCACAGGAAUGGCAGAAUUCUAUUCAGAAGAAUGCAGGAUUGGCAUUUAUUGAACUCAUCAAUGAAGGAAGGUUGUUAUGCCAUGCCAUGAAGGACCACAUAGUAAGAGUGGCUAAUGAGGCCGAGUUCAUUCUGAAUCGACAGAGGGCAGAAGAUGUGCAUAAGCAUGCAGAAUUUGAGUCCCAAUGUGCUCAAUAUACGGCAGACAGAAGAGAAGAAGAGAAGAUGUGCGAUCAUCUCAUUAGUGCUGCAAAGCAUCGAGAUCAUGUUACAGCCAAUCAGCUAAAACAAAAGAUUCUCAACAUCCUUACAAACAAGCAUGGUGCAUGGGGUACCAUCUGUCAGAGUCAACAAAAUGAUUUUUGGCGCCUGGACUACUGGGAAGAUGAUUUGCGUCGCCGACGCAGGUUCAUACGCAAUGCAUUUGGAUCGAUACAUCCUGAGGUCCUGUUGAAAUCUGCGGAAGAAUAUGGAGCAGAGGAGGAUGUUAUGAAGUCGAAGAAAACUUUCCGGACCCAGGCAAUUGUGAAUCAGAAUGCGGAAACCGAGCUAAUGUUAGAGGGCGAUGACGAUACUGUCAGUCUAUUACAAGAGAAAGAGAUCGACAAUCUGGCAGGGCCUGUUGUCCUGAGCACUCCAGCUCAGUUAAUCGCACCAGUAGUCGUUGCUAAAGGAACCUUGUCUAUCACCACUACAGAAAUUUAUUUUGAAGUAGACGAGGAUGACCAAGGGUUUAAAAAAAUCGACCCAAAAGUUCUCGCUUACACUGAAGGUUUACAUGGAAAAUGGAUGUUCAGCGAAAUACGGGCAGUCUUUUCAAGACGCUAUCUCCUCCAGAGCACAGCUUUGGAAGUUUUCAUGGCCAAUAGAACAUCUGUCAUGUUCAAUUUUCCAGACCAAGCUACAGUGAAGAAAGUUGUGUAUAGUUUACCUCGUGUUGGAGUUGGCACGAGUUAUGGUUUACCACAGGCCAGGAGAAUAUCAUUGGCCAGUCCUCGUCAGCUUUUUAAAUCCUCCAACAUGACACAGCGUUGGCAACGGCGGGAAAUUUCAAACUUUGAAUACCUGAUGUUCCUUAAUACCGUAGCAGGUCGGACAUACAACGAUUUAAAUCAGUACCCUGUGUUUCCUUGGGUUAUUACAAACUAUGAGUCUGAAGAGCUGGAUCUCACCCUACCAGGCAACUUCAGGGACCUAUCAAAGCCCAUUGGAUCUUUGAACCCAAAACGUGCCGUUUUCUAUGCUGAACGCUAUGAAACAUGGGAAGAUGAUCAAAUUCCACCAUACCACUACAAUACUCAUUAUUCUACAGCUACUUCCACACUAACAUGGCUUGUCAGAAUUGAGCCGUUUACCACAUUUUUCCUGAAUGCAAAUGAAGGCAAAUUUGAUUAUCCAGAGCGAACAUUCUCCUCUAUCACCAAAUCGUGGAGGAACUGUCAAAGAGACACAUCAGAUGUAAAAGAACUAAUUCCGGAAUUCUACUAUUUACCUGAAAUGUUUGUGAAUAGUAACAAUUAUAACCUUGGCAUCCGAGAAGAUGGCACUGUUGUUUCUGAUGUUGAGCUUCCAAUGUGGGCAAAGAAGCCAGAAGAUUUUGUCCGCAUUAAUAGAAUGGCUCUGGAGAGUGAAUUUGUUUCUUGCCAGUUGCAUCAGUGGAUUGACCUUAUUUUUGGAUAUAAACAACGAGGCCCAGAGGCAGUUCGUGCUCUCAAUGUUUUCCAUUACCUGACUUAUGAGGGUUCUGUGAAUCUAGACAGUAUCACAGAUUCUGGCCUCAGAGAGGCCAUGGAAGUGCACAUACAGAACCUUGGACAAAUGCCAUCUCAGUUGCUUAUUGAGCCACAUCCACCUCGAAGCUCUGCCAUGCACCUGUGUUUCCUUCCACAGAGCCCACUCAUGUUUAAGGAUCAGAUGCAGCAAGAUGUUAUAAUGGUGCUAAAAUUUCCAUCCAAUUCCCCUGUUACCCAUGUGGCAGCCAACACACUGCCUCAUCUAAGCACCCCUGCUGUGGUCACUGUGACUUGCAGCAGACUGUUUGCAGUGAAUAGGUGGCAUAACACUGUAGGUCUUAGGGGAGCUCCAGGAUACUCCCUGGAACAGGCCCAUCAUCUGCCGAUUGAAAUGGAUCCAUUGAUCGCCAAUAAUGCUGGUGUGAACAAGAGGCAGAUCACAGACCUUGUGGAUCAGAGCAUUCAGAUUAAUGCGCACUGCUUUGUUGUGACAGCAGAUAAUCGUUACAUCCUGGUUUGUGGAUUCUGGGAUAAGAGUUUUCGAGUGUAUUCAACAGAAACAGGGAAAUUGACACAGAUUGUGUUUGGACACUGGGAUGUGGUCACAUGCUUGGCCAGAUCAGAGUCCUAUAUUGGUGGAGAUUGUUAUAUUGUAUCAGGUUCUCGUGAUGCUACACUUCUGCUGUGGUACUGGAGUGGCCGACAUCAUAUCAUUGGUGAUAACCCCAACAAUAGUGAUUAUCCUGCUCCUAGGGCUGUCUUGACUGGGCAUGACCAUGAAGUAGUUUCUGUAUCUGUGUGCGCUGAACUGGGACUUGUCAUCAGUGGUGCCAAAGAAGGGCCAUGUUUGGUGCAUACAAUUACUGGAGAUCUUCUUAGAGCCCUGGAGGGACCAGAAAACUGUGUCUACCCACGUCUUAUCUCUGUAUCCAGUGAAGGUCAUUGCAUCAUCUACUACGAGCGAGGAAGAUUCUGUAAUUUUAGCAUUAAUGGCAAAUUAUUAGGGCAGAUGGAGACCAAUGAUUCAACUAGAGCUUUACUUCUCAGCAGUGAUGGACAAAACCUGGUAACAGGCGGAGAUAAUGGUGUAGUUGAAGUGUGGCAAGCCUGUGACUUCAAACAACUAUACAUUUAUCCUGGUUGCGAUGCUGGCAUCAGGGCUAUGGACCUGUCACAUGAUCAAAGGACACUGAUAACAGGCAUGGCUUCGGGCAGUAUUGUAGCUUUUAACAUAGAUUUCAACCGAUGGCAUUAUGAACAUCAGAACAGAUACUAAGCCAAUUUUAGGGGAAGCAGAAAUGUGAUUGCCAGUUCCAGCUGAGAGCACAAGUGCUGUAGUGAAUGCCCAGGCAUAAGUGGUGGAACAUGAUGCCCUCUGCAUUGACGUCUGUUAUACAUUCCAUUACAUCUAGCAAUAGUUGUACAUUGUAUUCUUUAUGUGUAAAAGCAAUCACAAUGGCCAUUUUUUUUUCUAUCACCGAGCACCAGCUACAACAAACAGAUGCCAUAUAAGUUUAUGAUUCACUAAUGUAAACUAAAUGAAUCAGAAUGUUAAUUAAUUAAUGCUUCCAAGUAAUUCUAUUGAUAAUGUGUCA